UUAUAACCUAUACUACAUACUGUAGACCUGUAGGAAGGUUAUUUGAAAGUCAAAAGUUAGCAAUUUUAUAAUAUUCAUAAAGUGAGUAAAGUAGGAAAGAAUUUAAAUUGAAGUAAAAGUUAUUAAGCAAACAAUUUAAAAUAAUUUAAGUAAGCACAACGUGGUUUAACGUAGAUUGAUUUUCAAACAUCAUGGCUGUUCAUUGGGGCAUAGCAAGUGUUGGAAAAAUAUCUCAUGAUUUUACGACGGCUUUACGAACAUUGCCAGCAUCUGAACAUGAGAUUGUUGCAGCAGCUGCACGUGACUUAUCAAGAGCACAAUCCUUCUCUUCCUUGCACAAAAUAAAAAAAGCCUAUGGCAGUUACACAGAAUUGGCGAAGGAUAAGGAUAUUGAUAUUGUAUAUCUUGGAAUGUUGAAUCCUCAGCACUUUGAAACUGCAAAAUUAAUGUUAGAUCAUGGAAAACAUGUUUUAUGUGAAAAACCUCUAACUAUGAAUUUAAAACAAACCAAAGAGUUGAUCAAUUUGGCAAAAGAAAAAAAGUUAUUUUUAAUGGAAGCUAUUUGGAGUAGAUGUUUCCCUGUAUAUGAAACUAUUAAAAAGGAAAUUGAUUCUGGAAGUAUUGGACAAAUACAUCAAGUUGUUGUAUCUUUUGGAUUUAAUAUGCCAGAUGUUCAACGACUUAACUUGAAAAGUAUGGGAGGUGGUACUGUAUUGGACUUAGGCGUAUAUGGAAUACAAUUCGCUUGUUUAGUAUAUAAUAACGAUAGACCCCAUACUAUACGAGCUGCUGGUUGUUUAAACGAAGAGGAAGUUGAUCAGUCUGUGUCUGCCAGCUUAAUUUACGAAGGGAAUCGUACUGCAACUAUUAUUACUCAUUCCUUGGUAGAUUUACCUAAUGAAGGUUAUAUUAUUGGUACAAAGGGAACGAUAAAAGUACCGAACUUUUGGUGUCCUACAACUGUAGAACUACCAAGUGGUACAGUAAACGUUCCACUUCCUAAAGGUGAACAUCAAUUUAAUUUCGUGAAUAGUGCUGGACUGAGAUACGAAGCUGAUGAAGCACGCAAGUGCAUCUUAGCAGGUCUGACUGAAAGUUCCAAAGUACCACACAGUCUUUCGUUACUGAUUGCAGAAUUAGAGGAUGAAAUUCGAAGACAGGUUGGAGUUACAUACCCUGAAGAUUAA